GCCUACUGCAGCUGGACCUGGCAUGGUUCAUUCACAGACCCCACCAAUCUCCUCGAUUCGCCCCAGCGAAAUCACCAAGAAACAGAUUGAGAGUCUUCGGGUGUCCAUGAGAUACUUUGAGGAUCAACUCCAGUACAACAAGCAUCAGAUUGACGAGAAGGGCACAGAGGAGCAGGCACAGAUGGUUCGCGGUCAAAUCGAGCAAUUUGAGAGGAACCUCGAGAACCAGCUGGCAUACGAGUUAACCCACUACCCCAAGACAAAUGUCCAAAACGACGAUGUUCACUCCACCUCGUCCAAGGAGGUUAACAAGAGCGAUGCUGGAUCUGACAUGCACCAAUCUGCUCAACAGGAAUCCGCCCGAUCCGCGAAGAAUGCCCGAGAGAGAGCUCCAACUCGAGCUACUCCAGUCCUCAACUCGGCAAAAUCGGUGUCGGCCUUCCAAUCUGCCAAGGUCAAAGCUGAGCUGGCUAUUCGUGACAAGGAGAUUGCCAAAAAAGCGUCUAGUCUCCCCAUCACCGCCGCCUUGGCCCCGCCAUUUCAGCCUCGAGCACCAAGCACUUCGACUCUGGCAACUGCUAUCCAUGCCCCCCAGUCCACCGCUUCCAGCCCUGAUGGUGAAGACAUCCUUGUCAAUGACCAUCUCGUACCAAGAGGUGGCUCUGGUUGGCGGUCUUUCUUCAAAAACUCUCGCUCUGUAAUCGAUUUGGGUGGCCCUUAUCUUGUUGGAAGAUUGCCGCAUGGGAUGAGACCCGAGGACGCCAGUGAGUCUGACUACGUUUAUGGUCGCAAACUGACAAAGGAUGAACGUCGUGCUCGUCACAUGUACUGGGGCAAGACUCCUCGCAGUCUCCAGAAGGGACUUCCUAAGUUUGACGGCAAGGACUUCUACCCUCCAUCGCCUAACAAAGGAAGCUCCUCGGAUUCGUCUAUCGAAUCAGCCUCUCCUACCAGUGCGGCAGACUUGGAUAGCGAUCUUUUGGGUGAUGAGUUGAAGCAGCCCGUGCACAAUGAUCCGUUCGAAGGCAUGGCCCCGUCAGGCAUGGCAAACAUCCGCAACCGACUUGGUGAUGUGACGCAGUCCGAAUCACUUCCGCCACAAGAUCACUCUAUGAUGAGCAACUAUGGCGCCGACAUUCCUCGCCCCUUCUCUUGUGCUACUCAGGUGAGCGAAGUGUAUCGCGAGUUUUGUCAGCCUGGCGUUGUCACUCACGAUUCCUCGCCGCCCUCGUUGGAGUGCUCUGAGGACAGUUGCAAGGACAGCCCCGAGUGCAAGUCGUCGCCUAAUGACAGUAGCGAGGAUAGUGAAGAAGCUUUGAUCUUUCAGGGGCGUCAAGGAAUGGUGCCGAAUGGGUCCAAGCCGCGCAAAAGCGGAAACACGAUUUUGAACUCCAUGCUGAAGAAGGGUAAAACGAGUGCCAAUGUCGCUCCAGGAAAGGUGUCUCCGACGACGGCACAGGGUGUGAUUCCCAACUAUGCUGGACACGCCGCUGCCUCUCUUACACCUGCCAUUGCGAACACAACACCGACUUCUCGAGGCCAUUUUGCCAAGGCUACUGAGACAAACAACCCAAGAUCUGCCACAGAGAGACGAUCUGAGAACCGUCCCCCGGUUGAUCGCCGACUUGAUGACUCGCGCCGUGGUGUCAGCCGCCAAGGCAAGGGCUUUCGCAACAUGGACUCUCGUUGAGAGUCGACGACUUCAUCAUCACCAGCAGCUAGCAACGCAUUCAAAUGCUCCUCGAUGAGCAUUUCGUUUGACUGUUAGACUUAAGACUUGCAUGUGUACUUUCGCAUGCGGUUACGCGUUUGACUGCAUUCUUCUUUUCGCGCAUCAUCACCUCAACGAACAAUGUUUUGCUUGCACUGAAGCCUAGAAAGCCAGGCCAGCAUCGUCAUCUGCGCCACACCGACAUCGGAAUAAAGAUCGGAUUUCAGGCGCUCGAGGCCUCACAAUUGUUAGAGUACAAAAUGUUUUACGGUAAUAACGGACACGGACAGACGUCGCGGAAAGGUUAUCUUGAUGCACCGCAUCUUAAGUUCAUAAACCAUUCUCAGUGGAUGGACAUGGAC